AUGAGAGCUCUGGCUUAUUUCAAGAAAGGCGACAUCCAUUUCGCGGAUGACCUGCCGGAACCAACCAUUGAAAACGAUGAGGAAGUUCUGAUCGAUGUAUCAUGGUGUGGGAUAUGUGGUACGGAUUUGCAUGAGUAUUUGGACGGGCCGAUCUUCAUGCCCAGGGAUGGCGGUGAGCAUCCUUUGUCGGGCAAGAGACUGCCUCAGCCAAUGGGGCACGAGAUGUCUGGUAUUGUGUCCAAGAUCGGCUCGAAGGUGACCAAGGUGAAAGCCGGCGACCAUGUGGUGGUGGAGGCGGGCUGCAGCUGUCUGGACAUCAAGCGUUGGGAAAACUCUUCGCUGAAGACGAACGCAGCUUGUUCGGCGUGCGCUAAGGGUAUGGUCAAUUGUUGUGCUCACGCUGGUUUCACUGGGCUUGGUGUUACCGGUGGUGGCUUUGCAGAGAGAGUCACCGUUUCGCAGGACCAUUGUGUUGUCAUUCCUAAAGAACUUCCACUCGACGUUGCUGCGUUGGUCGAGCCUCUGUCUGUCACUUGGCAUGCGGCCAAGAUAGCCGGGUUCCAAAAAGGCCAGACGGCAUGUGUCAUGGGAGCAGGCCCUAUCGGGCUUGCUGCUGUCCUGGUGCUCAAAGGAUUUGGCGCAAGCAAAAUUGUCGUCUCUGAGCUUGCUUCCAUCAGAAGAGAUCUUGCGUCAUCUCUCGGAGUCGAAGUCUUCAACCCUGCUGAGCACGCAGACGCCAUCGAAGAACUGCGCAAGAUCCCCGUGGGACAGGACGGAUUUGAUGCGGCCUUCGAUUGCUCUGGUGUCAAAGCCACUUUCGACACAGCUUUGCACGUUACAACCUUUAGAGGUGUUUCAGUGAAUGUCGCCAUCUGGGGGAACAAACCUAUCGACUACCAUCCAAUGGACGUCACACUCAAAGAGAAGAGGUUAACCGGCUCCAUCGGUUACACCGUUGAGGAUUUCAGGGAAGUCGUCGAAGCUAUUCAUUCCGGUCGAAUCCCUUUGCAAGAUUGCAGACAACUCAUCACAGGAAAACAGAAGUUAGAGGACGGUUGGGAGAAAGGAUUCCUGGAACUAAUGAACCACAAGGAAACCAACGUCAAGAUACUUUUGACCCCAAACAACCACAACGAAUUGAACGCUUGA